CAGUGUCGCGGGUGGGCAAGGCGGGCAUCCCCGGGCGCUCGUCCGGGGGGUGGUUGUGGGGAGGGCGACCUCUCCUUUGAGGGUGUGCUCUGUUGGAGAAACAUUGUCGACUCCCACCCCCUUUAUUAUUUCCUGGUGCCUGGAGCGGGUUAUCCUGCGGUUGCAGGACUUAAUUCUGCACCGCCCGGAGGCCGGGGUGAGAGUAGGGGUGGCCGCUCAGACAGGUUUGGGUUCCCUAGGGCCUCUCGGCGAAACACUGCAGGUUGAGGGACUGGAGGUCAGAGGGAAGCGAGAAGAUUGUGCAGGACCCUGCCGGGAGUUUGCGGGAAAGAAAGGGGGCGGAAGCGGGACGUACCCUGGACGCUACGUCCCGCAGCCGGGCCCCCCGCAACCCGGCGCCCCGACUCCCCGCAUCCUGCGCCCAGCGCCGGCCAACUCUUCGGACCUGCCUCUCCCGGCGUCUGCCCGAGUCCCCCACACGCGUUGACGUCGGUCGCGGGGCCGCGCGUAGCUCCCGGCAUUGGCUGGGAAGUCGAUCGUCUCGGGCGGCUGCUGUUACACUUAGACUAGGUCUCGGAGCCUUGGAGGAAGCAGGCGUGUGUUGAAUUUCUCUUUGACCCUCACGAUGGAAUAAACAGGAAGCCACGGGCACCCAGCCCGGGCCCAGCACUUGCCUUUGUUGUGGGGUCGGCCUGCACAGCGAAAUAUGAUUGUUUGAAGGGGACUUGGAUCUUCCAGUGAGAAACACAGUUUAAGCUCUACAUUUGUAAUCAAACUGCUGUCUCCUGAUAGGACCAGUUUUAAGAACUGACAUCAGUUUUCAUACAGCUUAAAAGCAAGGGGAGAGGCGAAGCACAGAAAGCAGCAGAUCAGACCAUACCUAGCUCCACUGGAGCGGCUGUGAUCGGUGGAAGAUGCUGGCUGCUGAGUGGCUGAGGAGGCCAUCAUUCUAAGGUGGAAAAGCAGGUCUCAGUGGGACAGCAUCCUCUGCUCCUGGGCUCACCAUGGCCUACGCUCUCUGGCUGGACGGCUGACGUGACUGUGUGCCCCAAGUGUGCACGCUCCUGGACUGGGUGCUGUCCCAGGUACUGCCUGCUCUUGGGGAGCAAGGCAGGUGGGCAUCAAAUGCUACCAAAAGCCAGACGGGGCAGAGUGAUGGACUCCGACAAGCUAAGAUGGAAGUGACCUGAGGCCUUGCCCAGGCGGUUUCCUCUUGACAGGACAGCUUAAGAGUCGGAACACAGGCUUGUCUGAGGAGCAGUAUGCAGGAAGCUGGUUUUCAGGCCACAAAUGCUUUCACAGAGUGCAAAUUCACCUGCACCAGCGGUAAAUGCUUGUAUCUUGAUUCACUGGUCUGUAACCAGCAGAACGACUGUGGGGACAACAGCGAUGAAGAAAACUGUCUCCUGGUGACUGAACAUCCACCUCCGGGCAUCUUCAACUCGGAGCUGGAAUUUGCCCAGAUCCUCAUCAUCAUUGUGGUGGUUACGGUGAUGGUCGUGGUCAUCGUCUGCCUGCUGAAUCACUACAAAAUGUCCACGCGGUCUUUCAUCAACCGCCCGAGUCAUAGCAGGAGGCAAGAGGACAGGCUACAACCGGAAGGGCGCCUGUGGCCUUCAGACAGCUCCGGUCCUCGGCCAGGUACCUCGGAGAUCAUGUAUGCCCCGCGUUCUCGGGAUAGGUUUACUGCCCCGUCCUUCAUCCAGAGGGAUCGGUUUAGCCGCUUCCAGCCCACUUACCCCUAUGUGCAGCAUGAGAUUGACCUUCCCCCCACCAUCUCCCUGUCUGAUGGGGAAGAGCCGCCUCCCUACCAGGGGCCCUGUACCCUGCAGCUCAGGGACCCCGAACAGCAGAUGGAACUCAACCGAGAAUCUGUGAGGGCCCCGCCCAACCGGACCAUAUUCGACAGCGACUUGAUAGACAUUUCUGUGUACAGUGGGGGCCCGUGCCCACCCAGCAGCAAUUCAGGCAUAAGUGCCAGCACCUGCAGCAGUAAUGGGAGGAUGGAGGGGCCACCCCCGACGUACAGUGAGGUGAUGGGCCACUACCCAGGAGCCUCUUUCUUCCAUCCCCAGCACAGCAACAUGCACAGAGGGAGCAGACUGUCAUUUCAGCAGGACAGCUCCGGGAGCACAGUGGUGCCCAUUCAGGGCAAAGACAGGAAGCCUGGGAAUCUUGUCUGAUCCUCCAAUGUGCACUUGAGGAGAAAGAAACUGAGGAGGGAAGAAGGCUGCACUGCCCCUCUGCUCCCAGGCAGUGUUCUUCAGUUUCACGUGCUACAACUAAGUAAAACCAAAUGUGCAAACGUGGUCUUUGUUUCUGAUUCUUUUCAGGGGAAUUGCAUGCAAACUAGACUGAAAUAAUACAAACUUCCAUCCGUUCUGACUGUAAACAGUGUUUAUUUGGAGGCAGGCGUCGGGAUGGGGUCGGGGUGGGGGGGUUUUGGCAAAGGGUGGGCUUGGGAACACAGAGAAAGGGAUGCUUUGAAGAUAUCAUGAAAUAAAAAGAGGUAUUUGAUUUAUUUAAUUAUGAAAGUAGAUUGCAGAGCAAGAGGCCAGAAUGGCCUGUUUUAUAAUUAACUGACUAAAGAAGGAAGCAUUAUUAUGUAUUAUAAUGGGGAAGAAUUAGCCAGUUUGCUUUUUCUCCCAAGGUGUGGAACUUUUAUUUUGUUUUAAAAAUAUGAUUCAAAAUUCCUGUUUUUUGUGCCAAGGUAUAAAGUGGAAAAGUUAGAUGAAUGCAAGGAGUUAAUUUGUGUUUUUAUGAUGAUGUGUUUUUUAAAGUUGCACUAUCUUAAUGUUUAAAAUAUACAUGAGGGAAUUGUUUUAUGUGAAGUUUUGUAUGUUGUCUUUUCGCCUGUGGAUUAUUAUUAGGCCCAAGGAAUACCCUGGAGUACUCCCCAUAAUCAUGCAAGUAAAGAUGUUUGGGGAUGUAGCCUAACAUAUGCCGACUUAUGUAAAUCAAGAAAGUCGUUAUUGCAAGAAUUUGCAUCAGAUAAGCAGUGUAUCACUGAAGUAUUUGGAGACUUUUGGAUGGAAGAUAGGGAAUACUAAGUUCCAGCAUUUCUGACUUGUUGGUUACUCUACUAGACUUAGGACGCAUAUUUUAUUAAAAAUGGACCUGACAGAUGCAUUUAUGUAUCCCAGUAUCAUGCAGUGCUGCCCUCAUCCUCCAGCAGUGCAGUUUCUUCAGUAAUUUAGAUUUUUUUCACUGUAGCAUGAAGUAUACUCAGAUACAUACAUUAUUUUAUGCAAUAAAUUGUUUAAAAUGCAAGGUGGUUAUUUUUAAUCCUGUUGAAAUAUGUGACUUGUCAGUGUACUCCCACUGUCUCUCUCCUUUCCUAGGUAGUUCAGUUCAGUCCUGGAUGGCUGGUCAGUGCUCGAGAGGCUCUGUCCCCAUGCAGCCCGCUGGACUAAGUGUUUAAGUGAUGCCUGCAGUGGGUUCUUCAUGCAUAGGAAGCCUCUGGAAUUGACAAAAGAACACCACGUUGCAGAACAAGAUAAGCCAUUGCUUAUCUUCACUAGUAUUGGCGCAGCGUUCCUGGAGGAAUGCAGUGCUCAGAACCCAAAUUCCUGUGGGAGUUCACUCAGCCUUUGCAGUGGUGGCCAGAACUGGAUAGUCAGUUACAAAACUACAGGGCAGAAGAGCAACUUUAAAAGCACAGAAAAAAAAGCACAACACAGCAGCUAAAUGCAACUAGAAACUAAUUUUAAAUAUUGUUAGUCUUAGUUUUAAUAUUCCUGAUAUUUACAAACAUUUGUCCUUAUGUAAAUAAGUAACAUUCUUUUGCGGAAGCAUUUGGCUUUUAUAACAGCACCGGCCAAUAAAUUCAACCAGUACUGCACCACAGGCGGAUUUAUCUGUAACCUGCUCUGAGCAGGUUAGGUCCCUUUGGCUUCUGCAUGUAACAAAAUGGAUUGGAAUGAUGACUCAAUGACUCUGAUUGCUACAGUUUUAAUGCCAAAUCAGCACAUGUGUGUUUGUGUCUGUCUGUGAGUCUCCAAGGCCAUUUCUCAGUGAGGUGACUUUGUGCUGUUGGCUGAGAGCUGGAGAGACUGUUCUGAGCUAUAAGUCCUGUCCACUGCCCUCUGCUUUUUUCUGCUGCUUCUCUUGGUUGGUCAGUAGGUCGCUGUUUUGAGGAUUGAGAUCUUCAUUAGAUUUAUUCAUUUCACCCAGUAACAUCCACAGGACUAGUCAAACUCUUAGAAAGGGAAAGAAAAAAGGUGGGCAGCAGUUGUCACUCAUACUCCGGACUGUUUGGAAGUCUGUACAUUGAGGGCUGCAGUGGACUGGGCAGAGCCCUGGGAGCCUUGACUCAGGACCAGAGACUUGGGCCUUUCCCACUGCCCUAGAGCCUCCUGACAGGUCAGCUCAUUGCCUGGGUCACAAGCCUGUGUGUGAAGGAAGCUGGCAAUCUUUGUGGCACAAAGCCUUGUCUCACCCUGUCAGGUGAAGUACCUGUCCCAGUCAGGACCCCAUCGGUGGGGGUUCGGGGCAAUUUACUGGUCAGGUGUCUCCUCAGAUGCAAAAUAACAAGGUUAGCUAAUGAUGUCAUCAUUCCAAACCUUGCCUGCAAUUUUGGUAAAACGGGUGAACCCACCCUGUAGCUCUAGCUCAAAAUGGUUUUACAAUCCUUAACUUUCCUACCUGCUGCAAGAAUGAACUAAGGUCAGAAACGUAAAUUCCUUAGUUAUUUUGCAAGUAUAUGAAAGUUUCGUGGAUGUCCACUGUAUUGACAAAACAAUUAUUUAAUUCAAAUAACUUUAAUCAUCCUUCAAAAGAGAGGUUUCUCACAUUCAGCCAUUCUAGAGAAUUGCCCUUUAGGUUAAAUAGUUAUUUAAAGAUAGUGACAUACGAAACCAUGAUUUGAAUGGUCUUGAGGCUGGUACUUUGUAAUGACUUAGUUUAAAAGCCAACAUCAUGACUUAAUAGUUUCCCUUCAACACAGGGAAAAGGUAAUUUAGAUCAGUAACUCUUGAAGAUUGUGGCUGACCUGUUCAUAUCGCAUCAUCUCCUUGCUGGUCUGUUGUGGAAAGAGGUGCGAUUGUGAAGACGCAGCUUGUACAGUAGGGCCUAAUGUUUAAGAAGCUUGUGCUUAUGGAGCCUGAGGGCCCAGUUUAGGAAGCAGUGAUUUAGGUAAUCGAUGAUAGGUUUACUUCAGUAGAAUGUCAAAACAAAGGACUGCACUGUUCGAAAGAAUAGUUGGUAAGAACUGAUACUUCGGGCAUCCUGCUGUGACUUGUCCAUUGUCCCAGGGACUUCCAAGAAUAUGAAACCCAAGGCAUACUGAGUCCCAUUUAGAGGAACACAGUCUUCAAACAUAUAUUUGUUUUUUCAGAAAGUAUAGCAUUCUUCAGACACUGAAGCCAUCCUUAAUAAAAAAGAGAUUUUGCUAAACAAAUUAUGCAUUUAAAAAGCUAAUCUAUUCUGUGUGUCUGACCAAAACUGAGUGUUAAAGAAGCUUGUCAAGCAUACCCUUUGUCCUCCCCACCACACAUACACACAGACACACAAUCCAAGAAAUUUCAAGAUAGCAGAGGAGAAUAUUUAAAAUUUACAAAGAUUUGGUCAUGAGGCUACACACAUAUCCACUGAUUUUAGCUCAAAUUUAUGGGAGAGGAAAUAAGGGCCAACAGUAAACUGGAGGCCUUCUAACACCAGCACAGGAAUGUGGUAUACAGAUGAGUGAGCCUUAAGCUUCUAAAUAAUCUCCAUUUGAUCUUCUUCACCUUUCUCUUCAUAAGCAUGAGAAGGUGUCAAGAGGCAAGCACUUUCAUAAAGCUUCUCUGAUCUAGAAGAAUCCAUUCAAAUCCCCACCUUCCUCUCAGAACCAGUAGUUGCAUCCUGACAGAGGUGAUCCUGUAUCUUCCAUCCAUUUGCUCUUCUCUAGAAAGUCCUUUUUAGGAAGAGUCGUGCCCUUGAGGUACUGGUUCAUAGCACAGAGAUACACCCUGUUGUGCUCCUGCCCUCAAAAGAGAGUCCAUCUAUGCUGUUGGCGCUUGCUCCUGCAUCGUUCUGAGCAGCCUCAUGUCUUGCAUUUGCUGCACUGGUGCUGGCUUUUUGAGGUUUGCUAUUUAUAUUCAGCACGGCAACAUUAACUGCAUGCUAAUUCAUAUGCCAUUCAUUUUUCUUAAAUUUUUGAGAGCUUAACAGUAUAUGAAGGAAAAAACCUGGGAAAGAUACUUGGUUUUUGUUAACUUUCUGAUUUUGUCUAAGUGACUAGAAACAGAAAUAUGCCAGUGCCUGGUGCCAAUCCCUUGCACAGUGAGUGACAUAUUCUCCCAAGCCUGCCUCCUCGCCGGCCACCAACAUCCCCAACCUUCAUUGACAAGCAGGUACGCAGGCUCCUGUUCCGCUUACAUUCACCUAUAUUACCACAACCUUGCCAGAUUUAGAUAAAGUAACAGUUGGAUGACAAGUUGGCAAGUCUCCCCUCCUCGAUGUUAGGAAUGCUGUAUCUAACAGUGGCACACCAAAGUCACAGAUUAAGAAACUUUACUUUCACCCAAGUCACAAAUAAUAGUCUUGGCAGCUUUGCAGCACCUAACUUACGGAUUCCAAUGAGGCCCUGCUGCCAGCUGCCAGAACCUUCUAUCCAGAGAUCAGAGACAUGGAUGGCAAACGGAAAGUACUCUCCUGCCUUGUGAUAUCCUAGGAAUAGGAGUUUUUAGAAAUCAAGGUUUCAGCUUGGGUUAUUUUACUACCCAAACAAAGUGCUGCAUCAUUUGCAUAGUUCAAAUGUAUAAUUUCUGCCAGGGUGAGACAGUCAGUUGCUGCUGCUGCUGCUGCUGCUGCUGCUGAUUUCCAGGUUGGCUGCAUUAGGAAAGUCGUGUGUGAGUGGGAUGCCUUGCUAAGAAAGCACUGUCUUCUUUUCAUCCUUUUCUUUCCUUCCUCUGUAUGCUUUUUUGUGUGUCCUGUGGUGGGGUUUAAAGCUAUACUGAGAAAUAUGCAUAUUAUACGGAUCCAUAGCACUUCAGAGAGCUCUGCAUGUCAGUAGUUUUUCAGCACCCAAGUUGUCUCAUGUUCUGCUUUUAGUAGACAGAGGAACCAAGCCCCCACCACUGCCGUCCUCUGUGCUCCCGCCUUUGCUGUGCCUCACUUACAAUGGUGCUUCUUCAGUUGUCUGUCUUUUCUUAUGUCCUAUUUGUAAGGUGCUGUAUAUAACUUGAAUAUAUUAUGCACAUAUCCUACCCAAUGGGUAGAACAAAAAUUGUUAAUACUGUAAAAUAAUGUAUAGAUACCAAUUUUAACAGAAAUGGCAUAGAAUUUGUGAAUGCCUAUGUGCUUUGUCCUCUUUUGUAAGGAAAUUUGCAAAUGGAUGCAUACAGAUAAAAGUCUAUGUAGUUUAUUUUCCUAUUAAAUAUUGAUAUUAUAACACAAGGGAAAGAAGUUAGAACAAGCAAGCCACAGUUUAUGACCAGCGUUAUGUAUAGCAAUUGAGAGUUGCAUCUUUGCUGUGAAAACACUUCUAAAAAAUAAUUUUUAAAAAUUCCAUCUUUUUUGGUUGCCACUAGAUGCUUAUUUUAAUCUCUUUAGUAAUGCUCAGUUGGACCAGUAUUAGAUACAGUAAGAAAAAAAAAUGCUGAUUUUUCAACUUGCUUUAUAAAAAGACAUUAUGCCAUGUUGUAGAAUAAUAAAGAUGUCAGACCCCAGAAAAAGUGCAUAUUUUGUCAAAAUUGCAAAAAUUACAUCCAGAAUAGGUAAAUCAGACUGCCACAGAGGAUUCUGUUCAAUACAGAGGCAUUUAUGACCAUCUGAGUGCCAAAUCUCUCUGUGCCUUUUUCUUUGACAAAUUGAAACUGUGGAGCCAAUGAAGUAACAGUGGUUUGUUAGGGAAAGAAUACCUCAGGAAAAACGAACCCACUUAAGAGAAGACCUCAUUCUUUGAAAAAAACGUUUUGUUACAGGUUAUCAUCAGCAGAGAAUUAGCUAUCAGUCAGCCAAGUGAAGAAUCUUAUGUCCAUUCCUUUUGGUGUCUCAUGGUGAUCUUGACCCAAAAAACAGACUAGGUCUUACCAUUGGUUAGGGAUUACUUUUUCAGUUGCAUGCUAUGUCACAGCUCUUACACAGCAUCUACUUCCAGCUCAGUUUUCAGUGUCUGACUGUGACCUCUGCAUUUAUCUUCAAAUAUUCUAAUAUAAAAAAAAAAGAAAAAGAAAAGCCUAUAACAACAUGUUCACUAAAACCACUGUUGAAUCAUGGGUGUAAGCAUCCUUUCCAGUGUUGUCCUUAAAGGCAAUCAGUGAAAUUUUGCCCAUCUGACCCAUGUUUCCAGUGUAUCCUAUCACUAGAAGAUAUUAAUUCUAACAAAUUCCAUAGUUUUUAUUUGCUCUGUGGUAUAUAUUCCGAUCUUGAAAAUUACAAUAGAAUCAUACCCUUAUCCUCUCCGGAAAAUAAAUUAUUACUGAUUAUCCUUAAACUACAAUAAAAAUGCCUCUACAGUGCAACUCUUAAUGCUGAAUGAACUAAAAGUCAGCCUUUUUUUUGUUAUGUGUUUUGAAAGAGCCAUGGAAAGAUCAUUAUCUGUGUGUUCUCUAGCCCAUCCAGUGCCCCUUCUCCAGGUUCCAUCUAUUGGGAGAACUGUUGAGUGUGGGUGUCAUCUGAGAAUGUUCUGGACUCAGGGGUACUAAAAUUUGUUACCACGCCAUAACUUCCUUUCUAUAGAACUAACUGAGGUGUAAACUUUACUGUUAAUGAUCCUGGUUCAUUUUAAUGUACUUGUUGGUGUACUGCUAUUUUUCAUUUCAUGGCUUUCAAAAAUCAUGUUUUCUAAUUGUAUACUUGUCUAGUUUAAAACUGUUUUAAAAUAUGUACAAUACUAUUCACAGCAUUUAGUUCAUUUAAUUUUUAUUAUAAAGUAGCCUACUAAAAAAGUACAACUGUAUUUUAACUUUUAAAUAGUUGUUCAGGUGAACUAUGAUACUUAGAAGUCAUUAAAGUCUUUUUUACCACCAUUUGUGCUUACUUUUCAACAUAAUUCCCAGUUAUAUACAGAAAAAGACUUCCAAAUGUUGUGCAUCUGCCUCCUUUAACUGAGCAAUGGUGAUGUAGUUCUUAGACCCAAGGUCUGUAACUGCAAUACUUUUAAAGAAAGAUGUUGCUCUAAGUGCUGUUCAAGUUACGAAAUCAGCUUUUUUCUGCUUGUUCUUAAUGCUAUGGUCAAACCAUAGCACCAAAUUAUUAAAAAUAAUCAGUGAUAUA